AUGUCAGUGUUUAUUACUGUUGGUUCUACAGGAUUUGACGAGUUGAUAAAAGUGACGACAUCAAGCCUCUUUUUAGAUUGUCUAAGUCAAUUGAAUUAUAAAAGAAUUGUCUAUCAAUAUGGAUCAUCAGAGCCUGUGUUUAGAAGGAACAUUAUAGAUUAUAAAGGUAACAUGGACAUAGAGGGUUAUCAAUACAAGCCAUCUAUUACAAAUGAUAUUCAAGCAGCAGAUAUUGUCAUUGGUCAUGCUGGCUCAGGUACUAUACUACAGACACUUCGUUUGAAUAAAAAGUUGAUUGUGGUGGUGAAUAAAUCAUUAAUGGAUAAUCAUCAAUAUGAACUCGCACAAGCAAUGCAUAUAAAGAACUAUGCCAUUUAUAGUGAUACAAGUGACCUAGUUAAUACAAUCCAAACAGUUCAUAGAUUUAAGCCCACCCCUUUUCCUGAGGCCAACGAAAGAGUAUUUGCUGAGAUUGUUGAUAGGCACAUGGGUUACCAAUAA